GGGCAGUAUAGCGCUGGAGGGAACUUGCGUCCUUUCUAUCUGAUUCCUGCGUUUAUUUCUUGUGUGAAUGCCAGUGCGGCUCCGAAGUGCUGUGCUGCAGUGUUUACAGAAACAUAAAAGUAUCAUCACAGCAAAUUACAGUACUGUGGUCAAGACGCUACUGAAUAUGGCUCUUAAACAGAUUUCCAGCAAUAAGUGCUUUGAGGGAUUCCAGAAAGUGUUUGAGCAUGACAGCUCGGAGCUGAAGUGUAAAAUGAGAUUUGGGAUCUAUCUUCCCCCUAAAGCUGAAAGUGGAAAAUGCCCAGUUGUAUAUUGGCUGUCAGGGCUAACAUGCUCAGAGCAGAACUUUGUCACCAAAGCUGCCUUCCACCAAACUGCUUCUGAGCAUGGGCUCAUUGUGGUGGCACCUGACACCAGCCCACGUGGCUGCAAUAUAGACGGAGAGGAGGAUAGCUGGGAUUUUGGCACAGGCGCUGGCUUCUAUGUUAAUGCCACUGAGGAUCCCUGGAAAACGAACUACAGAAUGUACUCUUACGUGGUGGAGGAGCUGCCUCAUCUUAUAAAUGGAAAUUUCCCGACAGACCCAGACAGGAUGUCUGUUUUAGGGCACUCUAUGGGGGGUCAUGGUGCUUUAAUUUGUGCAUUAAAGAACCCUGGAAAAUACAAGACUGUUUCAGCAUUUGCACCCAUUUGUAAUCCUAUUCAAUGUCCCUGGGGCCAGAAAGCUUUCAGCGGAUACUUGGGAUCAGAUGCCAAUAAAUGGGAGGCAUAUGAUGCUACUCACCUGGUGAAGGCUUAUUCCGGUGCACAGCUAGACAUUCUAAUUGACCAGGGAAAAGAUGACCAGUUCCUCUCUGCAGGGCAGCUGCUGCCAGACAAUUUCAUUGCAGCAUGCACUGAGCGGAAAAUUCCAGUCGUAUUUAGACUGCAAGAGGGAUAUGAUCACAGCUACUUUUUCAUAACCACAUUUAUAAAUGAUCACAUCAAACAUCAUGCAAAAUACCUAAAUGCUUGAGAUCUGCAGCAACAGAGAGCAGCAUUCCGUGCUCUAUCCACAUUUAUAGAACGAGCCACAAUGUCAUAUUGCUGUUUCAAACCAUUUCAAAUAAAGAGGGAUGUGGA